GUCUACGCGCACUCGCGUCAGUUUGGUUGUUUGCAUUAAUGGGGCUUUUUCAGUGUUUGUAGUUUUAGCCCUAGUGCUUGUCUGACCAGCGCUAACUAAUAGCAAGCGGUCGGACAGUAAAGUAGAGGCCGCGAGUCGGCCGGACUGUCCGUUUGUUUUGUUCGAAACGGAGCCGCCGAGCGCAACACUGCCAUUAUGAGCUCGGGCCAACCGAGCGACAGCAGCGAUCCAGAGGAAGCUCGGCUCAUCCGCGACUCCGACGAACUGUUCCGAGAGGAAGAGAGCGAGGAAGAGGAGGAAGAUGAUGAUGUCCGCUCGAGACCGUCGUCUCCGGAGAGUAGGUGCGAGAAUUCCCGACCUCGAGGUAGCUCGCGGCCUGACUCAGCAGCGGACGGCGGAGCUCCGAGUGCCGGCUUCAGGGCAUCAAGUGCGCGCGAGUCGCUCUUUUCAUGGCUGCGGAACCGGAGCGUGCGCAGAGGGCCGCUUGUAGAUCCGGCCCGGGAUAACUUUCGGACUAUGACUCGUCUUUAUUCCUCCAUGAGCCCUGCUACAGACUCGGUGAACCUCAGCACCCAAACUCAUGGUGCCGUGUUUAACCUGGAGUACUCACCGGACGGGUCGGUGCUGACUGUGGCCUGUGAGCAGACUGAAGUGCUGCUGUUCGAUCCGGUUUCUUCUAAACACAUUAAAACACUGGUGGAGGCUCAUGAGGACUGCGUGAACAACAUCAGGUUUCUGGAUAACCGGUUGUUUGCAACCUGUUCUGAUGACACCACAAUUGCACUGUGGGACUUGAGAAAGCUGAACUCGAAGGUGUGCUCAUUGCACGGCCAUGCUAGCUGGGUGAAGAAUAUCGAGUACGACACGCACACACGCUUGCUUGUUACGUCUGGCUUUGAUGGAAAUGUCAUCACCUGGGAUACCAACAGGUUCACAGAAGACGGCUGUCCCCAUAAGAAGUUCUUUCACACACGCUAUCUGAUGCGUAUGCGUUUAACACCAGACUGCAGUAAGAUGCUUAUCUCCACUUCUUCUGGGUACCUGCUUAUCUUGCAUGACCUUGACCUCACCCAGAGCCUAGAGGUCGGCAGCUACCGCAUCCUACGGGCCCGACGCGCCCCACUCAGCACAGGUUCUUCAACAGGCUCCAGGACAUCAGGCUCUCGCCAUGGCAACGACAACAAAGCCCAUCCUCAUAGAGAGGGUUUGUCUCCUAGGAACAGUCUGGAGGUUUUGACCCCAGAGAUCCCGGGUGAGAGGGACCGGGGGAACUGCAUUACUUCACUGCAGCUGCACCCUAAAGGCUGGGCCACACUACUACGCUGCUCCAGCAACAUGGAUGACCAGGAGUGGACGUGUGUGUACGAGUUUCAGGAAGGAGCUCCUCCUCGGCCGCCGGUCUCUCCUCGCUGCUCUCUGCGGCUCACGCACUACAUUGAGGAGGCCAAUGUGGGCCGUGGCUACAUCAAGGAGCUGUGCUUCAGCCCGGACGGUCGCCUUAUCUGCUCUCCAUAUGGUUACGGUGUGCGUCUGCUGGCUUUUGACGAGCACUGUGCGGAGCUCGAGGAGUGCGUGCCUGAGCGUACAGCGCUGCUGCGUGAGGUUCGCUCGAUCUACUCUCACAGUGACGUGGUGCUAACCUCCAAGUUCUCACCCACGCACUGUCAGCUGGCCUCAGGAUGCCUUAGCGGACGUGUAGCACUCUACCAACCCCACUUUUAACACACACACAAACACACCGUUUUCUGGCAGGUCGACCCUUAGUGGGGUUCGUGUUCAGUGUCAAAGUGCGAGUGCAGGUUUGUGUAAAUGAUUCGAGUGUUUUUACAGCAGUUUGUUUUGUGUUCUUUAAAGUGUGUAAUCUCUCCAUUUCUUUUGAAUGUACAUGUGCAGUAAUGAGAGAAAUAGCCAUUAAAUGGUUUGCAGAGUGCAUGCCUCUGAUUUGGGGGGGAGGGGGGCUUGGGCAGGUACAUGCAGAGUGCUGGUUUGUGCUCACGGUGCUAGUAAGACUGUAGGGUUUAUUUUGCAGUCUUUACACCUCUGCAUAUGACCUCUCUCUGGCGUCCAAGCCUGACCUGCAUGUCUAAUGCUAACCUCCCCCUACAACAGUAUCGUUAACAUGUAAAGUAGCUCUGAAUGUAAGCAGUACAAACUGUUAAUGUUGUAAUGGAUGGAGUUUUAUGCAUUUUGCCAAAUGUUUUUUUUUUUUAGCAGCACAGUGUUCAUGCAGCUCUGAAAUGAGCUGCUGUUUGUGUGAUUGUGUCUUCUGUUUGAAAGGCAGCUUGCCUCCUGAGACAUUAAAUGAAGACAGUUUUUGUAUGGGGGUCUAAUCUGUAGAUAGUUAAAGCAGUAUGUUUGUGUGAGUGUGUUUCACAAUAUGUGCGUCUGCUGUUAGAGAAGGUGAUGAUUAUUGGGUUAGUGAGAAUAGAUAGUGGAUAGUGACUACAAUACCUUCCUCUCUCGAUCUCUCACAUACACCAACACUCCCAGACUGGACUAGCUCAGUCAACACUGUUACGUAUACCUCAAAUUCAUGCCGUAUUCGAAGUAUGUAUGCACGCUCACUGUCGGCGAGUCACAAGCUGAGCCGUUGUGUUCUGGGAACUGCAGACAGGGAGGACUGUGAGAAAUGGCGUUAUUACUACGUGAAAGUCUUAUGCUUCCUUUGAAGUUGCAUAAUGUACACUGUCUUUAAUUUAACCUUUGAGUUAAAUGGAACGGAGGAUGAUUGGUUCUUUGGCACUGUUUGGAUUUCACAACUGAAACAUCUGGAAAGCGGGAAUGGAGGAAGUAGGUCUCGGAGGGAGCGGCAUUCCUACGCUUAGCUGUGGUCUUCUAAGCCACAGAAUCAUGUUAGUGGUACAAAACAAUAAAGUUUUUGUCACUCUUUGCCUAGAGCAUUUUGCCUGAAUGUGGUAUAACAUACUGUAAUUCAGAAUGGUUAAAUUAUAUUUCUAUAUUAAAUAUGAUUUUAAAAAAAUGUCCUACAAAAUAAAUUUUGCAGAAACAUCUGCUGUCAGUUUUAGUUAUCAACAAAAUAACUCCAUCGAGCUGGAUCAUGUUUGAGUGGGAGACAAUUAUAAUUCUUUAUUUAUUUAUUUUACUAAACCCUCCUGUUAUUCCAUGAAGUCUCUAAACCUGAUUUAACUUAACAGGUAAUGUGAAACUCCUUUAUGAGAUUAAAACUGGUUUUUAAACAGGAACAACCACACUUUUUUUAUCUGCCUCUUUGAUGUGUUUUGGUUAUUUCCAGUGCCUUAUUGGUUUGUUAAUUUUUUGGUCAGCUGCAAACCAAACCAUAUUCACCAAGAGCUUAGUGUUUACUGACUUGUGUGUCAGUCGGUUCAUGGAUAAAAGCAGUCCAACACAAAUACAGGAAAUGCUGAGCAUCACAGCCGACCUCUGUGAAGCAGCAUGAGCUGUGGUUUGAUCUGGAGAGCUCUCUUAUGGGUCAGCUUUUCCAGAACUUUGAUAUCAACCCUAAAUCGAUUUUAAAAAAUGUAAUGUAAAUAUACUGUACAAAAAGAGAGCAACAUUGCUGUUUUUUGAUCAUCAGUAUUCCCUGUGGGGGGCACAGUGCCGCCUCACAUCUGUAGUAUUCUACGUUUGUUUCUUUACUGACUGCAGAAUUUUGAAUAUUCUCCAGUUACCUUCCCUUUCCCAAAAUCAUGUAGAUAUAGGGCUAUCAUAAAUUGCCCUUAGAUGUGAAUUGUGUCCUUCAAUGGACUGGCAUCCCAUCCAUGCUGUAUUCCCACCUCAUUCCCAGUGUUCUCUGGAUCCACCGUGACCCUGACCACAAUAAAGCAGUUAGUAAAGAUGAAUAGAUGAAUAUUUGUUUGCUUUAGAUAGAACUAUUGCAACUGAUACACUAUAUUGCCAAAAGUUUUGCGACACUCCUCCAAAUCAUUGAAUUCAGGGGUUGGGGUUGGCCAUUUGGUUCCAGUGAAAGAAACUCUUAAGACCAAGAAAUUUUUGGAAAAUUUCAUGCUCCCAACAUUGUGGAAACAGCUUGGGGAUGACCCCUUUCUGUUCCAACAUGACUGUGCACCAGUGCACAAAGCAAGGUCUAUAAAGACAUGGAUGAGGGAGUUUGGUGUGGAGGAACUUCACAGAGUCCUGACCUCAGCCCAACAGAAUACCUUGGGGAUGAAUUAGAGCAGAGACAGUGAGCAAGAAAUUCUCAUCCAACAUCAGUGCCUGACCUCACAAAUGCACUUCUAGAGAAAAGGUCAAAAAGUCCCAUAAACACACUCCUAAACCUUGUGGAAAGCCUUCCCAGAAGAGUUGAAGCUGCAAAGGGCGGGCCAACUCCAUAUUAAAUUCAUGUGCAUGUAAAGGCAGAUGUCCAAAAACCUUUGGCAAUAUAGUGUAUCUCUUGAAUAUGGUCAAUAUAAUAAGUUCCAGCAUGUAAAAUUACCAAACAAGACUUUUUUCUUUAUUUAUUUGUUUUUUUUUUUAUUAAUAAUGUCUAAUAAGAAAAAGUCUAGUUACAUAUCACUGGUACAAAAUUGUUAUGGGUGUAGAAAACCAGCUACACCCUCCCAUUUUCCACUGCAUUAAUUAUCGUAACAUUCAGUGCAUUAAUUAUCACAGGUACACUUCAAUGUGAGCAGAGAUAGGCUAAUUUAAAAGUGAAUAUCACACCCCUUUUAGAAAUAGAAAUACAUGGGUUC